AUGCAGUCUCAUCUCACGAGACGGGUCUUCCGGGCAAUUACCAACAAUGAACCACUUCAAUUCUCGCAAUGUCGUCGAAAUCGCCUAAUGCAUACAAUAACCUCUGUUCGUGUGCGACCUGCCAUGUCCAACAUCUCAUAUACCUCGCGACGCACCCUCUUCUCCUUCACUACGUCUCAAGACCCUGACCGGCGGCCAAGUACUUUGCCAUCCGAGAAAGGCCUGCAACCAAUGGCGGAUUUGAUGAGGUCGCUUAAAGAUAGAAGCCGAUCUCCUCCGAGCUAUCUUCUCGCAAGGGCGUUUCAAACAUUUUUCACAACGCGGCUUGAAACUCCAGGGGUGAUCACUCAAUUCCAUGCCCGUACGUUGGUCGUCACGUGGAAGCAUCUCAGGGCCCAGCAGAACGAUCUUGAUGAACAAGACUGGCAAAAUAUUUUCUCGACGGAAAACCUCGAGAAAAUUUUGCAUGUACUCGCCGAAUCAGAAUGUGUUCCACAGGCCCGUGAGACUGUGGUUCGACUCGCCCGAUUCGCAUAUCAAGAACUUAACCUCGAUCACGGAUUUGGUCCGAAUAAGAUCAGCAGACCAGCUCUUACUCUGUACAUUGAAAUUUUGGCUAUGAAUGGCAAUCCGGAGGAUGCUAGACAUACUGUUCUCAAAUUUUGGAGUUCAAUGAGCAAGGCCAAACCGUCACCUUGGCUCACUGUGCUGAGAGGAUUUGCCAUGAAGGACGAUUUACGACAAAUACGGAGGAUUGUCGAUGAAUGGGAGACUCAUGGUAAUAGCUUUGAUCAAGCUUCUCAUCAAGAGAUCAUCAGGUUUCUCAUCGACCACGACCAAUUUAAAGCUGUCCAAGUUGUCUACGCCUGUCCCAUUGCCGGCGGCUUGCAGCCCUCCCUAGGCACAAAAGAAGCCGUCAUCGAAUAUUGUAUCUUGAAGUCCCAGGCAGAUACGGCAGCAGAAAUCAUCAAUACCAUCUCCGGCGAACCAAACAAAGACACUGCUGGCAUCCUCUUACUUUGGGAAGCAGCAAAGAGUAACAAUGCUUCUGUUCUUGCGCAAAAAGUUGAUUCCUGGAUCUCGAAGAACCCGGCACUCAAGGACUCCGUUGAUAUCACCAUUGUUAAUAUGCUUCUUCGGUAUGCCAAUGCAAAGCAAAACACAGAAUUGGCUUCCGAUUUAAUGGCGCUAGCGGACCAAUGGGGCCUUGCCCCGGAUAACAACACACAUAUGUUGCAAUUGGAGUCUCAAAUCCAGGCCGGUAACGUUCAAGAGACUUUGAGGCUUCUCGAAGACAAGGUUGACGCAGCUUCCCUCACGAGCGACUACCUCCCCCUUGCCAAUAAGCUCAUCGCGAUGCUUUGCCGAUCCGAAGAAAAAGACGAGCUGUUCCAUCAAAUUUCGUCUCUCCUAGACCCGCUCUUCGAAGACAAUGUACGCCUGGAGCCUGAAACCGUUGCCGCAUUGACGCACCUUCUUCUCUACCGCAAUGACCUGGAUGCCGUUUCAGAGCUGCUCCGUCCACGAUUAGGAACUUACGAGGACGAUCAGAAGGCACCGGUACGCGACGCGGUCACCCAAUUUAUUCUGGACAUGAGCCAAUCCGACACAGAUGUUUGGAACGCGUAUGAGUUUUUGAAAAUCGCAUUCCCAUACACGGGUGUCGCAACACGCACCAAAAUCAUGACCGCUUUCUUCGAGCGCAAACGCAGUGAUCUGGCGGUUUUGGUCUUCGGACACAUGCGUCAAGCCGAUGAGUUCACCCGCCGCCCCAGGCCCGAUACGUACGCCCGUUGUUUCCAGGGCCUGGCCCGCACGGCAGACGCCACCAACCUGGAACUCGUGCACAAUAUGCUGAAGUUGGAUCUUGAGGUGGAUCUCAACACGAGGACUCUGAAUGGCCUGAUGAUGGCCUAUGCCGCUUGCGAAAUGCCAGAGAAGAGCAUGACAAUAUUUCGACAGAUCCUCCAGUCUGACGAGGGCCCCUCCCAGAAGACCAUCACCCUUUUCUUCAAGGUUUGCGAGAAGCACCACAACGGCGCCCAAGAGGCUAUGAAGAUGAUGGCCAAAGUCAAGAAGCUGGAGAUUACCGUGGACCGCCCUCUUUACUCGGCUUAUAUGGAAGCUCUGGCAGCGCAGUGCGAGUUCGAUCUCGCCACCGAGGUUAUAAACAACAUGGAGUCCGAGAUUGGCGUCCUUCCCACAAGUAAUACUAUCGGGCUGUUCUACAAUGCCAUCCCGUAUCAAUACUGGAAAGACGAGGUUGAGAAAUGGGCAAUUCAGAAGUAUCCCGAACAUUGGGAACACCUGUUGACGAUGAAACGCACUGAGCACGAGGAAGGGUUGAAAUUUGACGGUAUAUCGAAUGAUGUGACGGUGUAA